GGUACUCCUCCUCGAUCGGCGUGAAGUGGUGAACGGUCUGCGCGCGUGACUUCGGGCAAAAUCUUCCGAUUCCCAGGGAUUGAUUCGGAUUCGCGGGCAAGAAACGGUGACGGUAAAACUGUUCGGUGUCUUUUCGGUGACGUAACCGAAGAAAGUGUCCGACGAACCUGUUUUCCCAUUGUUCGGACGAGUCGUCGACGUUUCCGCACGGAUAGCGAAACGUGCGUGCGAGCUACUCGCGAGGGAUACCGUGACAAAAUUUCUAAAACUCACCGAGGAUCCGGCUACAAUCGUGACAAUUAAAAAUCGUUUAGCGCGUUAACGGGCGAAAGGACGCGGCGCAUGGUCAUCUCUUCCGAGUCCGAGCGAACGUCACUACGCUCGUGAACUUGAGCGCGGCAGACGAUGAAAUCAAAGUACCCCGUGCUUUACUGAAGUGAAAUGAAGCCGAGAAGGAACGAAAUAACGAUGUCCUCGAACAGCGAAUUCUCGACGAUUUCCAGCGGCGAGGGCACCUCGCUGCCAAAGUCAUUGCCGAGCUCGCGGGAAGCAACGGCCGAAACGAACUCGGGUGGUUUUAUGCCCCUGAGGGAAUUUCUGGACAGAUUCUCCCUGCCGAGGGUUGUGCGCCUGGAGGGCACCGGAGGCAGACCAGUUCUACUGUACAAGCAACAACCGAGAUCACUCAGGGUCACGGCUACUUUACUGAUGCAUCGUUACCGACACGACGUCAAGUUAGGACCAGAAAUCGUCAUCCCCGAAGGCUAUCCAGGAUGGUUCUCCGUUGUAUCCGGCAGUAAUAUGGCUGGCAGUGCGAGAGUCUAUCGAAGAGUGGAAACUUUAGUGAGGGCGGGUGUGCCAGCGUUUCUUUUGACCUCACCGCUGAGGGCGUACACCCUGACUCACUCAAAAAUGGAAAAUGGAAACCUCCGCGCUCACUAUACGAAGACAACGGUCCGCGCUGGCGAAGUUCUGCGGUUGGUUGCAGUUUUUCAAGACACGAGGCGGUACCCCUUGACAUUCGGAAUCAACGGCGUGAAAGGGUCUUCGGAAAGGGAUCAGUACGCUCAGUGUCUGGAUUCUCACGGUCGCGAAAUUUUUGCCCCGCUCUCAGCGAGGGGAGAAUUUUACGCGACUUGUACCAGUGGGAGUUCGGACGCUGACUGCGACGCCGUACUUUACAAGGUGCAUCAUCUCGCAAAGAGGGAUCUGCCACUCAAGGUCAGACUGGUGGCUGGACCUCUGCCGGUUCCCCUACCUCGCGAAUACGCGGGACUCAUGCAGCUCGAGACCGCUACCAGAGGAUCUAUCGUUCUGGGCUGCAUCGUACCGGAGAGGCCGGUACAUGACCCGGAAAUGCUUGAGCUUGUGGUGUCCGGACCUGGCGCCCCGAGGGUCAGACGAGCUCGACUUGGAUAUCCUUCGGAGGCUCGGCUUCUGGCUUCUCCGAAGCUUCAAAGAUUGCUCGCCGCCUGCUGCAGGACAUUGGGCGACCGUGCGACUGAACCUAGGGUUGCGCCGCAGACGUGGCAUCCGAAAAGCACCCCUGAGAAAGAGUUGAACUUGAAGGAAAUCAAACCAAAGCCGGAAGCCAAGCCGAUUUUACGAAGUCUCCGAGAUGGCCUUGAAAAUCUAAAAAAGACAGCGAUCCGAGAGCGAAGUCAAACCAGGCAAACCAGCAGCGGGGGUGGAUUCCUUGAAAAAAUCACGAGGCUCACUCAGAGUAACAGAAGCCGUAAUCCGGCGAAGAAAUCCGCAUCUUUCACAUUUGCCGUACGACCGGAAGUGGCGAUGCGGUCUACGGGGGAAAAAUACGCGAGUCUAGAACCAGACGCCAUAUCACCCAGCAAUAAUUAUAGUAAAGGAAUAAAGCAACCCGUUCAGAGGUCGGUGUCCUCUGGGGUCCUGGAAACGCGACAACCCCCACGGGUGGAGCUUCAACCAAAUUAUGCCCGGGUCAGAGACAGCCUGGUACUGCCAACGACAUCGCCAGAUCUGACGAGGGCGAAAACGGAAGACAUAUAUGCAGAGAUCUGCGAGAAUGGGACCGCGAACAACGCUGAUUCUAAUAAUUCAUCAGGAAAUCAUACAGUCGCAAAGGUCAAAAUCAUCGUUAGGAAUGAUGUUUCCAGUUCCUUCGUUGACGUAGAGAGGAAUGGCCACAACAGCUAUGUCAAUCUAAUCCACACGUCACAGCAAAUCGAUUCGAUCAUUAAUACCGACGUCGAUAUUGUUUACAAUACUGUAUUUUGAUGCACGUCUUAUGGUAGUAAAAAAGAGGAGAUAUAAUUAAGCCCUAUAAAAUUGUAUUAUAGAUGUUCAUAGAUAGGUGUAUAUUCGUAGCCCAUUUCCAAUUCAAUUAUAGGUAUAAUUGUAAAUAAUAAUUUGCUCAUUAAAUUUGACAGAAUACUAUUAAAAAAUUGCAACAAUAAUCUAAUAACCCAGUUCCACAUUCAUGUACCUUGAAAAAUGGUGCCAAAGGUCUCAAAUUUACAGGUCAUCAUAUCUAUAUCGAUUGUCAAAGAAAGAGAUGAUCGGAAUUCGUGACUCCAGAAGUCACGAUUUCAAGAUUUUAUAUACUUUGGAAAAUUCGACACAAGAGAACCAGAAAUUCUUCAAUUUUUGAAUCAGGAUUUUUGAUCUAAGAAUUCAAAU